GCCCCACCCAAGGGAGAGUGAGCAUAUGGAGUGGGGUGAAUGGGAAUUGGCUUGUGCAUAGUAACAGCGGCUUCCGAGCAACAAGUCACAAACGCCAGGAAAUAGAAAGGACAACAUUUUAAUCAUGGCAUCAGAAGGUCAAUCUUCAAGGAUGGUGCUACCCUGGUGUUUCCUGCUCCUGUUGGCUGCCGCUGAGGUGGAAGGUGAGGGGUGUAGGUGCCUGCAAGUGAAUAAUUUCAGCACAUUUAACUCUAGCCUGAAUGUUGGGAGCUGCUGCUUAAAUUUCUCUGGAUCUGUAAUUGGCACUCUACAUUGGAGUGGCUUUGCUAGAAUGAGGGAUCUGAAGAUAUUGGACCUCUCUGCCAGCGGCAUCACCGAGAUUGUGGAGACCAAUGCCUACGAGAGCCAUCUAGAGGUCCUUUAUCUGAAUCACAACCAGAUAGGCCAGCUGCCUUGGACUUUCCUGGCCAAUGCACCCAGCCUGAAGAUCCUCCAUCUGGAAAACAACAAGCUACAAAAGCUGCCAGAUACGUUCUUGCAGGCUUCCACCCAACUUGAGGAGCUCCAUCUUAACUCGAAUUAUUUAUCCUCUGUGCCCCCAAGGAUCUUCAAGCUAGGGAUGCAAACAAUAGAACUCUCAAACAACACCUUGGAAUGCACAUGCGCCUUUAUUGAGGAGUUCAAAGAAGGAGUUACCAGCGUAAGUGUGCUGGGCAAUCUGACAUGCACCACUCCCGGGCACCUCCAGGGCAGGAGUGUGUGGUCUUUGCAGAGGUCGGAGCUGUGCAGAUCUCACAGGCUGACGGUACUCUUCAUUCUGAUGCCCCUGAGCUUAAUCCUAGCCCUGAUGCUGUGCUGUUACUGCAGGCGGAAAAAGAAGGGCAAACAAGCCUCCUUGGACCUGGCCAAGCAUGAGAGCCAGCUGGUGACCGUGGACCGGAACGGGGUCAAGGGGCUCCUGGACCGCCAACACUACACAUCCUGCGAGGCAGUGCUGCCCGACGUGGGGGAGAAGAACAUUCUCCUCAAGAACCAGAUCAUGUUCAGGCCCUCCACCGCCCUGCUGGGCAGCAGCCGGGACCUUUAUGAGGAAGUGGAGAUCAGACUGGGCACCUCAAUGGAUUCCCUGCCCCAGACAGUAGAGGAGGCCUAUCUGAACUUGACAAGCAUAGACUGUGAGGAGGAGCCAGCGGAAGAAAGCAAACCAGACGUGGAAACGGUGAGCGUCACAGAGGUCCUGAAGGAUUCGACCAUUCGGGAAAAGAUGUACCUCACCCAGUCCACAGACUACUACAAUCUGGUGCCAGACAUUGAUCUAGAUGACUCUGAUCAUUACGAAUAUGAAAGCGUGGACCUUUCCUAAAAGGAAUUUGAUAAGAAUUGAAUGAUGAUGAUGAUGUGACUGUGGAAGUUGAAAGCUGGAUUCAAAUUAAGAAUUCAGGAGGUUUUGGUUUCAAAUCCACCUCCUUGAAAGGAGGGAUUUGUAAAUAACCAGCUUUGAGAAUCAGGUGCAUGCAAGGAACCAUUAAAGAAACAAGAUGUGGAAUCUUAAAUCAUGGAAUCCCAUGCAACAGAAAAAAAUAUCUAUUUCCCAACCACCGGGUUGUAAGUAAGAGACACUUUGGUUUGCCAAAUUCUGAUCUGGAGACAUUUUCUCAAUGUGUUUCCUACCGACAUCCAUAGCCUUAAGUGAGUUGGGUUGGAUGAUAACAUCUUGUUUCCACACCACAUAGGAAAUGUUCGCUGGCUUUUUACAACAGGCAGCUGGGUCCAGUGCACUCCAGUAGGAGGUCAGGAAGCUGGAAGAUUCCAGUAUCAGAUAUCAGCAUUAGACUGUUUUGCCCUGGGGGAAAACUGCAGUUUGUGUUGUUGUCAAACCUGAUAUUUACAUACCUUCAGAUAACUUAGGCAGUUAAGCUGGUUAGACCAAGAAAUUGAUCUUCGAAUUCAGAACUGGAAAGGUGCUUAUGAACUCAGUGGUCUUCUGAGCUCUAUACCAGUUCAGUUGAAAUACUUUAUAGGAGUGCCUCAAUUCAUGCUUCAACCAGAAGGUGCCUUUGGCAACGAGUCACAUUUUGUUGUCAGAUCAUUGGUUACAGUUUCAAACUCAGCCACUGCCUAACAAGGAUCACUCUACCCUCACACACACUGGAAAUGUGAUAUGACUAUCACAGCCAGUUGCAAACCAUUUGAUGUAAUCAGGGAAGUACUGUUUUAGAAAGGAACUAAGCCAGAGGAAUUUACAUUGAGUUGAUUAGAUCGCUUUCUCUGUAUGUCAAAUCUACCUGCAGAUACAGUGGGCCUAUUCAUGGAACUAUUUUUCGAGAUCGGUUUUAAACAUUCCUAGCAUUUCAUUUAAAUCAGCAUAAACCUGCCUCAUGUAACAUUACUGAAGCACAGGUUGCUGAACUGGGAUCUCUGUGCUUCAGGAACAUCUACACUGUGAAAAGCCUCUGUUUAAUAAUAAAUAAUAAUAAUAAUAAUAAUAAUAAUAAUAAUAAUAAUAAUAAUAAUAAUAAUAAUAAUAAUAAUAAUAAUAAUAAUAAUAAUUCAAAUCACCCCUGAAUUACAAUGUUGCAUUCUAAUUGUGACUCAAAGGCUAAGAUUAAGUUCAAGUUCUGGGGUAAAAUUGUGGUUUACGAUUAGCAUUAGGUUUAUGUGUAAAUGUUCCAAGACCAUUUGCCUCCUGACAGCAAUGUGCUCCUGGAGAGCUUAAUUGAAAUGUGACUUUCCCC